AUGCUUUCGUGGUUAGACAUUAGUGGCUAUACUAUUCUAGUCUUGGUGUGGGUUAUCCUAUUUGUGAAAGCCCUGGUGGACCUUAUUGGUAAGCCUACUCUCCAACAAUUGGGCUGGCAACUUUAUUUGAUCAUUGGUCCGAAGCUUGGCCUCAAUAAGGGUUUUAACGAAUAUGGGCAAAAGCGGAAAGAGUUAUGGGAGACCACUCGAGAAAAACGUUCAAUUUCCGCUCAGGAUCAAUAUGCCAAGUGGACCAAGCUCAAUCGCAAAUGUGACAAGUUGAACGCUGAGUUGAAACUGUUGGAAGAGCAAAUCUCCAAGGAUAAGGCAAAGGUGAACACGGUGGUGAACCAAAUCCUCUUCUUGUUGGUCUCGGGGCCUGUCUGGUUUUUCCGAAUUUGGUACCGCAAGAAUGUGUUGUUUUAUCUUCCUAAGGGGGCGUUACCGAAACAGGUGGAAUGGGUGAUGGCCUUGCCCUUCUUCGCUACAGGGACUGUGGGGUUGACUAUGUGGAUGCAAUGUGUGGGUCAAGUGUUAUCUCAAAUCUUAUUCAUGUUUGAGUUUCUUUUCAUUGAUAAGCCUGUUGCCAAGCCUCAACCUCCUAAGGUCUCGCAGAAGCUCGAAAAGUCGCCUCAAAUUGAGGAAAUAGAACCGGAACCCGUCUCCUAG